AUGGCCAUCGAAACAAUACCGAACCAGAGUGCAAUCAAGACUGCCUUUGAACAUCCCAUCUACGCAUCCGAUGGCUCGCUUCUACCAUUCAGCUCUUUAUUCGACAACCACCAUGAGAGCUCAUCUCCUCCUGAUCGAAUCCUCGUCAUUUUCAUUCGCCAUUUCUUCUGUGGUAACUGCCAGGAGUACAUCCGACGGCUCUCCUCUGUUGACUCUCCGUUUCAUCCAUCCCACAAGUCCCAUUCACCCACAAGCAACAAAAACUUCUCCAAGCCAGCCUCGCAUCCACUCCCUUCCGUGGUCAUCAUCGGACCGGGACUGCCAUCAUUAAUUGCCACAUAUAUCCGCAUCACACAAUGUGCUUUUCCCGUCUACUGCGACCCUUCAACUCAAUUGUACGAUCUCCUCGGCAUGCACCGCUCACUCUCCCUCGGUCACAAAGCACCCGUCUAUAUCCAGCAUUCCCUCUUCCGUGGAGCCAUCAAGUCCGCAAUGCAAAUCGUCAAACGGGUUGGAAACGGGGACGCCACAGGUGGUGGGGACUGGAAUGUUAAUGGUGGAGAGUUUCUAUUCUUACAGCCUCGAGUUGACGUGGUCGAGACCAAAUCACGAUCUCCUUCGAGAUCUGCUGGUGGGAGAGCACAAUCUUCAACUCGUACCACCGCCUCGCGUUCAGUAUCAAGCUCGAGUUCCGCCACUACGUUAGGCUGGGAAAUUUCAUGGUGCCAUCGAAUGAUUAACUCUCGGGACCAUACAGAACUACACCAAUUACAUUACAACACCUGCUAUACCGCUGCAUCUUUCGGUCGAACCCCAUCGCCUCCUCGCUCAAUUCUGGUCAAUGGAAAUGGAACCCGCCAAGCUGUACCCCAACCAUCUCAAACCUUUCCCAAUGCUUCUACUGAGUCGGUCAAAAGUCAUCCAAGUGAUUGUCAAGGUGCAUGUCCGGCACCAGAUGUCCCGCGAUCCAGAGAACAUAUCGUAGCACAUCGUUCGCAAUCUCCGGCCGCUGCCAAACGUGCUGGCAGUCGUGGUCGAUCGAGAAGUACGAGCACCGCUACCAGCACAGCGACAAGUCUACCCCGACCGAAAUCAUCUGCGUCCCGUGGGCAUGGCCAUCACCGGAAUGACUCCAACACCUCGGCCUCUUUCCAGGACGCACAGCCGCGUAAGAGCUUCUCAGAAUCAAUCGUGGAGAAAGUGGGUGGCCUGGUCCGCUCCAAAUCCCAUUCCAAAUCAUCCACCCACCCUGAGACUGGUGGCCAUUCUUUAAUGCGCAGACCCUCCACUCGAUCACAGAAUCACGAGACACACCGACCACGGAUGUCGUUAAGUCUUGCGCGUUCCAAAAUCAUCUCGAGAGCACACACAGACCCCGUCCUAUCCGCGAGCAUUAUUUCUGCUCCAAUUCCCACCAUCCCACCUCCACCCUCCGAAGCCACAUCUGAGUCCGACUCUUUCAACAACACCAACACCCACUACAAGAGCCACAUCGUAGGCCAUGGCGUCACUCCCGCACCUCUUCCGACGCGAUCUCGAUCUCGAUCUCGCUCUCGAUCUCGCUCGCAAUCAGGCUCCAAGGCGCGGACUCCAUCGACUCGGAAUGGAAACCAGGCUGAAAUGGAUGAGAACGGUAUCAUGGUUGUGGACGGUGUGGAGUUCGUCAAUGUCAUCUCAGUCCAGGCCCGUGUAGACGUUGCGAGCAGAAGCAGGUCACGAGCAGCUUCCGUACAUGCCGAUGCAGCGUUGCAGCUGCAGCAGCAGCAUCAACCCCAACAUCAACAAAAGCACGUCGAACCCGAGAAGGAAAGGGAAAGGGAAAUCGAAAGGCAGCAGCAGCAGCAACAACUCGACCAGUUCCGCCAAUCACGACAACCCCGUAAUCAAGGCUACACCCGCGGCAGCGUAGGUCUGAACCUCCUGGCCGACCGAAGCACGGCGGUCCUGGCCGCCAGACUGGCCGCGACCACCACUCCGCAGAUUGGAACGAGUGAAGCGCCGGGGAUCGUCGGUGGGAACAACCAUUCGCAUUUGCAUGCACACGCGAAACUACACCAUCCCCCGCAGGUGAUGAACCAUCGCCAGACGCUUUACAGUCACCAUCCGCACGGCGGGUUUGAGUCGAACAUGGGCCUGGGCGUUGGCGUCUCUGCCAUCUCUUCGCAUUGA